ACGAGGCAAUUGGGGGAACCUGUUCAAAAAGAAGGAAAAAGUGUUGAAAACAUUACAGGAUUUUUCUUUGAAAUGUACAUGUCACGAACUUUGUGAUCGCAAGACAAUUGUUAUCGUGAAGUACCAUGAGUAGUGGUGUUUCUGGAGGGAAGAAACCCACAGUAUGCCGAUAUUUUAUGAAUACAGGUUCAUGCAUUUAUGGUGAUGAGUGUCAGUUUUUUCACCAAAAUCCUAGAUCUGGUGUAGGGUUUCAAAAGCCAUUUGCGAACGGUCCUUCAUCAUCUACACAGGGAAAUCAAGCAUCAGGACCUUUCGAUAUGAUGGGAAAUAAUGGAGAUCAGUAUUUUAAUGCAACCUUUGAACCUGAAAAUGGUGGAGCCGACUUCAUCCCUUUUCCACACUCUCGACCUAUAUCAAGAACACAUAGAAACAUGCCACCCCAGGGCAUGAAGCCCCCAUUUGGACCCCCACCACCAGGGCCUCCUGGCCAUCCAGGACCUCCAGGACCUCCAGGACCCCCAGGACCUCCAGGCUCUAAAAUGGAAGGCCAAAUGCAGAGACCAGAUGGUCCUGGUCAUGGGAUGGAAAGACCAAAUCAAAUGAUGGACGGAUAUGGUCCUAGAAUGAAUGGUCCAGUAUCCAUGAUGGAAAACCCUAAUCCCAAUGGGGGUCCCCCUAGGGCCGGCCCAAGGAUGGAUUCCAUGGCCACAGAUUUUGCUGCUCUUAAUCUGUCUAUUCCAAGUUCUAAGGGACCAAAUCCUAUAGCGAAUGAAUUCAUUCCUAAGAAUGGACCUCUAACACAUAGUGCUAGUUCUCCAAACUUCUCCACGUUCUCGGAUGGCAUGGCUACAGACGGCUCUGGAAACAAUCACAUGAUGAACAAUCCUGCCGUGAAUCACAUGCCACAGCUUGGGGGACCGAUGGGUAUGCCUCCCCCAGGCCCUGGCGGCCCCUUGAUGCCGCCCCACAGUGCUGCUCAGAUGUCCAAUACGCCUCCCCCGACACACUUGUCCACCACAGGUUACGCAGCCAGUCCAAACCAUAGUCCACAUUUAUCUCCCUCCAACUCACCACUGAUGUUACGUCGCACAGCCUCACCCAUUACACCGCUGAAAAAUACAACGCCUAAAAAGUCUGCAAAUACCACAAUACAGGAAAAUGUAGGUGGUACCACAUACUUCUACUCGCCUGAAGAUUUCACUCCACAGCAUGAAGGAAUGGCGCUGCCGAACUUUUCCGUGUUUCCGAGUCUCCCACCUCAUAUUGCACAUAUGACAGUGAAGAAGAAUAUGCCACAAUUCUUCAUGCCCGAUGAGCUCAGAAUGGAGAUCCUGAACCGUCAUGCCUUGACCAUGGCCCAGAUUGAUGCUAGUGGAAAUCCAGAUAUCCCCACAGAGGUAGAUACCUAUCACAACCUGUUUCCACUGGAGCCUCCACCCAGCAACCCCAUGCAGAAGUCCAAUAGGUUUAGCUACCCCACCACAUGUUACAAGGCAGUAAACACCAAGGAUGGCCUCACCUACUGUCUGAGAAGAGUACACGGUUUCCGGCUGUCCAACACUAAAUGUAUGAGUAUCAUUGACAUGUGGAAGAAGAUGUACCACCCCAAUAUUGUACAGCUGAGGGAGGUCUUCACCACCAAGGCCUUCGGGGACAAUUCUAUAGUUUUUGUGUAUGACUACUAUGCGGGAGCAGAGACUCUGAUGGCCCACCACUUCCACAAUACAGGCGCCAUGAACACCUACCAUGGUAGCAUGGACGGAUCUGCUCGUCCAUUCAACCCUAGUCACGGAGGAGGGGCUAGUGGAGGGGCAGCUGGUGGCAAGGGAAAUGGGAAUGGUCCUCGCCAACACGCUGGCUUGCUUCCAGAGAGCCUAAUCUGGGCAUAUGUGGUACAGCUAAGCUCUGCCCUAAGGGCUAUACAUGCCGCAGGACUAGCAUGCAGGACCAUGGACCCCACAAAGAUCCUCAUCUAUGGCAAGUCAAGAUUGCGGCUUAACUGUGUUGGUAUCCUGGAUGUCCUCACCUUCGAUAGUACCAAUGGCAACCCUAUGGCUGUGAUGCCUCAUUAUCAGCAAGAUGACUUGCUGUUCAUGGGGCGUGUGGUAUUGGCCCUGGCCUGUAACACUGUACUGGCCAUUCAGCGAGACAGCUUCCAAAACUCAAUGGAACUCAUUGCCAGAAACUACUCAGCAGAUCUUAAGAACCUCUUCUUGUACUUACUGGCCAAUCAGAACCGGCCCAGGAGCAUUAAUGACAUAAUGCCAAUGAUUGGGGCGAGGUUCUACACCCAGCUAGACUCUGCUCAACUCAGGAGUGAUGUGAUAGAGACGGAGCUGGCCAAGGAAGUAGAGAAUGGUCGAGUGCUCCGACUGAUGAGCAAGUUUGGGAUUAUCAACGAAAGGCCAGAGUUCAACCUGGAUCCACAGUGGUCUGAAACGGGUGAUAGAUACAUGCUAAAGCUGUUCAGAGAUUACCUGUUCCACCAGGUGGAUGAGAAUGGGGCUCCUUGGAUUGAUAUGGCCCACAUCGUACAGUGCUUAAACAAGCUGGAUGCUGGCACAUCGGAGAAGAUCUGUCUUAUGUCUCGUGAUGAACACAGUGUGCUAGUGGUCUCAUACGCAGAACUCAAACAGAAUUUUGAGCAGUCAUUUAACGAUCUCGUGUCGGCACGUCACCAGAACGGGACCUACUCUUAGUGGUCAUAAGACAAGCCGACAACUGUCAGUGGCUGUCAGUCUUACAUGGAUGUUUAUUGGAACAGAUUAUUUGUAAGUUAUGGAACAAUGAAAACAUUUUGUAUUUCAACUGGUCAUUGCAUAUCUUAAAUUAAACAGCGAUAAAGUGCGACAAAGAGCUAUGAAGGGCAGUGUAAUCGGAACUGAUCUUGAACUUUCUGUACAGACAGUGAUGUUUCUGACCACACCCAGGAGAGAUAACUCCUUGACAUAUAUCGUGAAGUAAGCUCUGUCCUUAUGCCUAAGGCAGCAAAAAUGUGUCAUUUGUUUCAAUAUUGUUUUUGAUUGGGAAAAAUGCAUUUUCUUUUUGAAUGGAAAUAAUUGAUAUGGACAUUUUUAUGAUUAUUGUAUAAAUUGAACUGGUUUUUGUUUCAAUGGUAUUGUAUUGUAAGAUUGAUAUUCAAUUUUAUGAACAAAUUGAUAAAAAAAACAGUGUGUAUAGGAAUGUACAAUACUUGUUUUGCAUGCUGACCCCAUGUAUGGGGCUGACCCUGUGUAUGGGGCCGAACUUGUGUACGGGGCUUAACCUGUGUACAUUUAUGGACGAUAAACUUGCACCUUCCUUGUCUACAGCAGGCAGGACUUGUUGAAGUAGGUUUAACAAGGGCAUAUUUUUGUAUGUUCAGAUUUGUUAAUACCUCUGAUGAAUUUUUAAAGUGACCUUUCAUCUUUGUUAAUAUAAAUUUUUAUAUGGCCAUUUUCAGUUACAAGAGGUAAUAAUUCAAAUGCUUUGGAAUGAAGAAAGGUUUAUGAUUUUGUAUCCUACAUUCUUCAGAAAAAACAACUUGAAUAUAUCAAAGAAUAAAUAUUUGCAGCCAAAUCAUGUCUCUAUGAAAAAACAAUCAUGGUUGUUUUGAAAGGUUAAGGAAACAUUGUAUAAUGAAUAUUUGAAAUUCUAUAAAAUACUGGCAUUCCAUUCGCAUCAGCAUUUGCCCAUUGUACAACCACUCCUUGCAUAAUUUUCAUUGAAGAUUUUCCGAUGGCAUCUCAUAGAAUAGUUCCCAUAUGUGUGAAAGACUGCAAAUAGGACAGCAUAAAGAUCUCGUUUAAAAUCAAACUCACCAAAAUAGCAUUAGCUUUGUUUAGCACUGUAUGGCUCACUGUUAGAUACUUCAGACCUGUGCUAUUGACACAGAAAAUAUCACAUAUCUGUGAUCAGUGGACAGAAUAUCUUGUUUAUGAAAAGGUACUCAAAGGUCUGGAAGUAAAAUAAAUACAUAUCUACAACAAUCUCAAAGUCAAAAUGUUUAUCUUAUUCUAUUUGGAUGUUUGAUGUGGCUAAAAUGUUGAGAUUUGUUACCGGUGCUGUCAGCACAAGAAAUUUAUACUGACAAUUAAUUGAAUGGACAGAUAUAUAAUCCUUAUAGUAAGAUAGUGUCUCAUCUGCUUGAUCGAUCAUUUCAUCGGAAAAAAACAAAUUGUUCCUUCAUAAAUAUGUUGAUAGAUUAUAUAAUAUUUUAAUUAAUUGUUCGCGAUGAAAUAUAUGAUAGGAUUCCAUCAAUAAAAGUUGAAGAUAUAGUUUAUUGACUAAUCAAUGCUCACAGCUCUUUCUUUGGAAUAAAGACUGCCAUAGGGUAAGAUUACAAUGGAGUUUUGACAAAAUCAUUAAUUAUGUUUCCAAGUGAACAAUAAUAAUUUGAAGUAUAAGCAUGUUUCCAAAAUAUAUCUUACAGCAGCAAUAUAGGAUGAAUGAGUUCAUACUGCUGAAGUAGCAUCCAGCCUUUCCAUUGGUCAAAGACUAGGCAGAUAUUCUUUAUUGAUAAUCUUUGUCGAAGAUACUUUUUACAACUUAAGAUCUUGGUUUAUGUAGUGAAAAGUCAUAAAUAGAAAGUUUAAUGGUUUCUGAAUGAGGAGCAUGUUAUUUCACUGUUGUGGCAGAAUAUAACAACAUUUGCCCUGGUGCUAAAAUUGUUAUUUUACCAAAAUGUGUAUGGUUUUCAAUAGGCAACCUUCAGAUGUUCUCUAAACAGCAUGACUUAGUCAAUUACAACAAUGAAAUCAAUAUCUGUUUGAAUAGUGUCACAGACAAGUUUUGUUUUAUAGAUUUCAAUGAAACUUUCGUGAUUGCCGUUACUGUCGGUGCAUCAGCUACUUAAUAUAAACUUACAGAUAAAGAGGAUUUUUGGUGGGCGUUCUAGUUAGAGUACAUCGACAAGAAUAAUUGGGGUUUAUAUACAUUAUAUGAGUGUGAAUUGUGAAAAUUGAAAUUGUCCUCAAAACAUUUCUGGUACUUGUUAUAAAGUUUUAGGCUUCUGUUUCUUAAUGACAUAGCUAUAGUUAAUGUAUCCAGCCAAGAUUUUUUUUAAACAAUUUCAGUCCUGUCAACAAUGUCACAGGCAAAUCAGCCUUUGUUUCUGUGAUCUCAGUUUAUAAAUUAGCAAGCACUAUUAAUUGAUUUCUGAUCUAUAUAGAUAACAGGAAUCUAGGUAAACAGUGUUUGAUAGCCUUAGGAAUAAAACAUUCUGUAUGGUGAUUUAUCAGAUAUUUACUGCAAAUGCUCAAAACCCAUACCACGUUUUCCUUGGCUGAGGAUUUAGGUUGAGUUCCAUACCGAAUCCUCAGCUAGUUGAGAAAAUUUUAAGCACCUUUAUUUUAUUUUUUUCAAUUUCUGUUAUUUGUUAACUUCAGGUCACAUUGUGGUUAGAAUGCUACAAUUUGUUGAGAUCUUUUCAUAUUGAGAAUGUCUUCAUUAAGAUCAAAAGCAUCAGUUGGAUGUAAACACAUGCAGCUCACGGAUACAUUCUUCAUUUCUUGAAUCACAUGAAAUCUUGCCAUUGGUUUGGGUGAAGAGGAUUUCAUCAUGGCUUUUAAAAUUGCAUGAAAAAUAUAUUUUUCUGAAUAAUCACUCAUCCAUUAUAUAUAUGGUUACUGGAGACAAAAACAGGAGAUUGCAUGUUAAUUAAAUAAUACAUAUUUACAAAUGUUCUUCAUCGAUCAUUGAAGAUAAAGUUUGUCAAAAGCAACAAACACCAUACCAAACUGAUUUACAUGUAUGUGAUCAUAAGUCUUUUGAUUUUUUUUUCUUGAAGUGCUCCAUGAGAUACAUCAACACUGUCUGAAUUGUCAGUAUAACCUUCCAAUGGUGAAUGCACUUGUACAAUAUAAAAAUGCCAGUAUGUUAAAAAGACAAUUAGUAAAAUGACGCUGAAAUUCAGGUCGGUCAGAGUUUCUAUUUUCAUGAUUUGAGUCAGAAUUGCCUCCCCUUAAUUCAUUACUUCUGAUAUGACCAGACAACAAAACAUACACAAGCAAAAGAAACGUCAUUAUUUCUCUUUGAAUUAUUAUGUAUUUGGUAAGAUUUCACCAUGUGGUUGAAUUCACAACACUUGUUGACCAAGUAUCAGUUGGACUUUGUAGAGUAGGAACAAUUGAAGCCAGACCGAUGGAAUUGUAAGUCAUGUUGGGGAUUGUAGAGCUGAGGAGAAGGCGCUGUGAUGUUUUGUUUUAAUAUAAUUUACCACUGUGACUAAAUGUACAUAUUCAUAUUUUAAUGUUUUUUUCAAGUGAAAAUUUUAAGAAAACUGACUGAAGGGAUAUUUUCUCCGAAUUGCUCACCUGGAAAUAUGUCGUAAAUUAUUCUUACACGAUUUGAUAUUUCCUACGAACAAAUAGCAAACAUGACAACAUGUAUCUGGAUGUGUGAAGCCCUAUGGAUUUCUGCAGUGUAUAUGUCUGAACAAGGAUGUAUUGGUUCAUUUGUAAACGAUUUUAUCUCAGAUAUUGGUGUUCUGUGUAGUACUUGUUAAGGAGGGAAUAGUAAUGUGAACUGAAAAAAGAAUGUAUAUGCUGUAUUUCAACACAGUUGUCCCUGUUUAUCAACUCCAAAGUCCGGCAUUAAUCGUCCGAGGUAUUGGUUGGACUGCAGUGUUAAUUAACUGGUUGGUUAUAACCUUCCAUGGCUUCGAUUGGUCAAUAUUCUGAACUAUGGAAUGGUUUUAGGAAUGAUGUCCUUUAAAUUUUUGCUCGUCCGUUACAGAUCAUAUUUAUGGCUUACAAGUGUUAAAUUUUGGGAAUACUUAGAAUUGGUGAAAUCAAGCAUUAUCCAAACUAUGGAGUAUAAAGCUGUAAACACAGGUGAUACGUCAAUUAGCAAAUUUAGCAUCUGGAACAAAUUCCUAUGUGUCCAGAGUAGUCUUGUUCAUGGUAUCAGAAAUUGUGAAAGAUAGAAGUUACAAAGAUUUAGACAGUUUUCUGAUCAAACUGUGUUGUUAGAAAAAAGGAAUUUGCUACAGCUCACUUUCUUUUCAAAACUGGAAAUUGAACUUGAUAAUGGUAAACAUGGCCAACAAAAGUUUGUUACUGUACAUGUGGAACCUCUAUAUAUAUACUUGUAUGUGUAAGGAUAGGACAUUGUUAUGUGGACAGGAGGACUAAAGGAUACUGGUUAUGUUGUUGUAUACUAUACAACACGUGUAGUAAUUGUGAUGGAGGGGACGGACUGUGAUGACAGGAGACGGGUUAGGUUGUUGUAUACUAUUCAUUGUGGGUAUUGAUAUAACUUUGUUAUGGAACUGAUACAUCAUCAUUGAAAAAGUAAUAUGUCAAAGAGAUUCUAUAAAUUAGAAGUUGACAAAUUAUUGUGAUGAUGCAAAUGUAAUAUUGAAACUAGUUGUUGUGCUACAAAAUCAUUUGGAGUUCUGAUUAAUGGCAUUGCUUUUUGAGCUGUUGACUAUGGGUGCACUUGAUUCACGCUGCACCGUGCCUUUACUGAACUGAUAUUGGAUAGCUAUAGGGGAGCAAUAUCUCAGUUAUUUUAUUACGCAUGGUAUAUGCCUUGAUGUACCUUAUCUAGGAACAUAUCCAUGAAUGCCUUUAAUAUGUCUACUUAGUGUAUUUUUCACAUGUUAGACAAACUGGAUGAAUCAGAACUUGCAUCACACAUCUAAGUUCUAUAAACGCAUUAUAUUGUUAGAAGUUGAGCAUAUUUGAUUGGUGAAGAAUCACCUGUGAGAACAAGUGAAGAGGGUGGGCGGUGAAUCAGGUGCACUUGUCACUUUUCUGAGAUGUCAGUUUGAGUAAUGCCUUUUGUAAGACCCAGGAAAAAUUGAUUUGUUGGAAUGUAUGUACAUAUAUGUGAAUUAUUGAUGGUCAGAUCAGUGAUUUCCCUUGACAAAAAUAGAUAUUGAUAUUUUUAUGAUGUGGCCAUGUUAGAUAUGAUUUCAGUUAAUCUGGCCAGUGAUGAUUGACCCAGGCAUAGUGAAUUGUGCCCAGAACUGUAUUGGCCACGGUAAAUAUGGGCUGUCAUUAACCCUCAAGAUAAACAUGGGUUUCAAUUGACCCUUAAUCUGAUUGGCCACAAUAAAUUUAGGUGACCAUUGGAGCGAUUGUUAUGUUGGCAAAGGGAACUUUUGGGUUGCCAUUCUCCCAGAUAAAACUGGGAGGCUAUGAGUGCUGCUGGAAAACUCCACACACUGUUUUAGAAAGAUUUUGUCAUGAAUUGUUUUAACUUUAUUGUUUUGUGAUCAUUAUAAAUCAUGUUUUCAUGUCAUCUCAUUACACUUUUAAAAUUAGUGUUAUUUAUUUCAACAACACUGUCAUCAUGAUUGACUCCAUUCCAUGUAAUGUUAUGGUGCAAGUUUCAGAAUAGUCACUCAACUGGAAAUCUCACGCUUAGCCUUAAUUGCUAAAGUCUGUUGACACUACUUCUUUAAACAGUUUCAUAUAACUAGAAGUUGAAUCGAACCUGCAUACAGUGAUUGUACUAAUAACACAAGAUGAUAGCUUUAAUUUUUCUGUUCUAAUCUUUUUUCUGUAAUAAGAUCAGUUACACCAACGCAGCAUUGUGUAAUAAUGAUCAGUUUGUUUACAUGUGGAGCUAGGUUUUUACAAUAUGAGGAAUGAAUAGGAAAUGAAACCCCCACAGCCAGGUUGUUCUCCGUUAUCUUUGUCAAAGAUGGCCAAAGUCUUGUUCAUUGUUUGUUAAAACCUAAAUUUAAAUGAAUGAUAACUUAUGGUUAAGGAGGAAUUUAGCCCCUAUAUAACAGUUUUAUGGUAAGGAAACAAAAUGCAACAUUUUAAAAAGUAAAGUCAGUUUAAAUACUUGCAAUGCCUAUCAGAGUUAUAAUCUGGUGUUAAAAGUGCUCUAGGAAUGAUACAAUGCUGAUCAUACAGCUGGAGUGAACUGCACUAGUGUGUUUUAGCCAAUUAGUUUAAAGACCUUCGGUAGUUCAAUUCUGGACAUCCAUUUAAAAGAGGUGUAUUGCGGUGUAAUUUGGAAUAGAUUUAUUUUUGUAUCAUUAAAGGUUGUAUUACAUUUUGCGAUAUCCCAUAGUCAUCUUUUCUCAAUAACAUUUCAGUUCUAGACUACAGUGCGUACAAUUCAUUGUGAACUUCUUUAUUUUACAUGGAUUUAAUUGGAAUUUUCUGUGUGGAAUUUUGUGCCCUUUCACAGGUAAUUUCCUGUACUUUACAUGUAAACUUUUAAUGUCAAUAACCAUUGGCAUUGAUGGUUGAUUGCAACCAUAUGAAGCUGAACAGUUGGUUUACUGUUACAGGUAAAAACUGUUGACAUGAUAUUUACUGUUACUGGUAAAAACUGUUGACAGGUGGUUAACUGUAAAUGUACAGGUAAUACUGUUGACAGGUGGUUAACUGUAAAGGUAAAGGUAAUACUGUUGACAGGUGGUUAACUGUACAUGUACAGGUAAUACUGUUGACAGGUGGUUAACUGUAAAUGUACAGGUUAUACUGUUGAUGGGUGGUUAACUAAAUUUACAGGU